UGCUUGCGCUCGUCUUGCGCCGGCUAGCUUCAAGCGUGUGCCAAAAUGAACCGGUGCAAAACCGUCGCCGUUUUGUGUGUCAGCGACUGGACUUACGUUCGGAAUAUCACGUUUCUUCGCAGCCGAACGGCAAAAUGUCGCCGAGCAUCGCUGAAAGAAACGUCCUUCCUCAGCCGGAGCCACGCCACCGCAACCACGCAGUGUCCUGAACUUGACGCUGACCGAGAAGCGCAGCCCAGGGCGAUUGACCUUGCGAGGAAGAUACAGCAGGCGAAGAUCAACGCGAAGGAGCCUGACCGUCCACUGUCCGCCCAGGAGAAGGCCGUCAGAGAGCUGAAGCAGCUAUCGCAGCAGCUGCAAGGGGUUCACCCCAACGUACUGGCCAAAUAUCUCCACAACAGCGUGCUGUUCCAAAACCAGGACGUAGUUGUCAUCAACAAACCCUAUGGGAUUCCUGUCCGCGGUAGCCCUGGGAUCACGUCCAUCUCCUCCGUGCUCCCUGUUCUUACGAAAAUGAUGGAGGGAAUGAGGAGCGUCUCUCAGCUAUACCCUUGUCCUGGACUUGAGAAGGAGAUGACAGGGAUUCUCGUACUGGCAAAGAGAGAGGAGGUGGUGGACCACAUCGUAACCCUGCACAAGAAUAAUCAAGUGCGGAAAAAAAUGUGGGCCAUCACCGUUGGCGUUCCUGUGCCAUCAGAAGGGGUGAUUGACAUUCCUGUGAUAGAGAAAGAGGUCUCAGGCCCCCGGCCCCAUUACAAGAUGGCUCUUAGUCCUGUGUAUCGAAUGGAUAACUCUGAACAGGGAGUAACCAGAGUCCGUGCCCAUCGGCAAGCCCAUGGUGCUGUGACCACAUACCGUGUCCUGGACAGCAGCGGUGGUUGCAGCCUUGUGGAGCUCCACCCACUCUCAGGGGUGAAGCACCAGAUUAGAGUCCAUAUGGCAGGUGCUCUGGCUUGCCCUAUUCUUGGGGACCACAAAUACUCCCAGUGGAGCAAACUGGCGCCUCAGAAAUUACCGGAAGGUGUGCUGAGAAAGCUGGGACUGGAGCAGAGCAAGACACGGCACCUUCCUCUUUACUUGCAUGCCCGCCAGCUGACGAUACCGGGAAGCAACCAUCAACCAGAUAUCUGCGUGUCCUGCCCCCUGCCGAGAUACUUCUUUAAAACGCUGCAGAGACUGCAGCUAACUCUUCCCCCGAAAGAAGAAAACCAGUGAAAACACACUGUAGUACGUAUAAGUGGGUGGAGUGUGUUUAGUUCUUUGGGUCCUGAUCAAGUCACAGAGAUGAGUUAACGUCAAGUCUGUUAACAUUUUGGACUUGUCCAGUCCUCGAAGGGGAAAGCAUGAAUGUGUUUUUAUAAAAUGGAUGUGUAAGAUCUUGUUUUCUGGACAGAAUCACAGUGGGCUUGGAGUAUCACAUUCUGACAGCGAGCUAUGCUGAGCUUGGUUCAGAAAAUAUGACAUGGCUACUUUUGUAAAUGCAAAACGCUGUGCAGUAUUUGUACUUCAUUAUAAAUAAGUGAACUGUAUACUUGGAUUCUGCAGAGCUUUGUACAUUGUCUUUUUAAAUGCCGUCACUGUGCUGUUACACCGGAUCUGCAGCUCGCUGGACAGCAGAAUAAACAUUGGUGGGGUUGGCUGAUGCCGGUCAUUGCUCAAAUGUUGUCGGGAGUAAAUUUGUACAGACAACAUACUUUCUCUCACUUUAGAUUUUUCGAAAACAGACUGAUGUGCAAGCUAAACAUGCGUUUUAAAAUGUUACCUCAUAAUGAGGUUAUAAAAACACGAUGGGUGUUUGUCUUCAUUGGUCCUGAGAAAGUUUCCCAUCUGCUGGAUGACUGAAGCGCUUGAUCUUGAGAAUAUUUGAGCGUAAUUUUGAUUUCUAACACAUGAUUCACGGGCAUAAAUUAUAUGCCUUCUUUUUUAAAGAUGGGCACAGGUUCUCCAACUUUAAACAUUUUAUCAGUAUACACAGGGGCCCAGAAAUGCAGCGUACAAAAACUUGUCCGUUAAGGUGUAAUGUAUUCCACUGGGACCUGAGAAAAGUCAGUCAAGGAUACAUGGCCUGUUAAGAAGUGAAGGAUUAAAAGGGAUAUGAAGUUCCUACCCACUUCCUACUCCCCAAUAAUGCUGCCGAUUGGUGGAUUUUAUUUUCACAUUGAUCCAUCCCUGACUUCACACUGGAAACGGCUCCUGUAUACCAGCGUCGGUGCAACUAAAGUUGUGGGGUACAAUUUUCAUUCAUCACAUUCACCCCAAAAACGACAUACUACUACCGUCUAUUAUGACGCAACACGAGUGGUUGAUAUCUCCACCAGGUGGCAGCCUGGAGGAUAUUGUUUUUGGCUGUGUGUCCGCAGCUAAUCUUGCAUCCUACUGGACCCAUCAGCCUGAUAUUUUUUGGUGAUUCAAAACCUUUGUAAAAUGUUUGUUCUUGCUACUGCCGCUCCUUCUCUUCUUUCACUCUCUAGGUCGCUAGACCCAUGCUGCUGUCUCGUCAAGCCAGAGCUGACCUGGCUGAUUUUCUGGAACAUUAGCGAAGGCAAAGGAUGAAAGUCAGUAGGAGCAAGACAGAAUACCUAUGCGUGAAUGAGAGGGAAGACAGUGGAAUGGUGAGGAUGCAGGGAGUAGUGGUGAUGAAGGCAUAUGAGUUUAAAUACUUGGGGUCAACUGUCCAAAGUAACGGGGAGUGCAGGAGAGAGGUGAAGAAGAGAGUGCAGACAGGGUGGAGUGGGUGGAGAAGAGUGUCAGGAGUGAUUUAU